CUUAACCUCAUGAUGAUGUUCUUGCUUAUAAGCGCUUUUGGUAUCUUCACUUCAAGGCUUCGGUCUCAUAUUAUCAUGAACCGACGGGAACGAAACGACGUUGCUGGGGAGUACAAAACUGUUCUAGAACUAGCACACGCCAUGCAAACCCAGCUUGCGAAGUCAAACUCCCGGACGGAAGAUAUCAAAGACUUCCUCACUAUGACAGAGAAAGAUCUACACCACUAUUUUAUAGCGGGAUUGCACGGCGGAACAAUAUCGUACCAAGCUCCGCUUCCAUUGAACGAGGAUUCU